AUGGAGGGACCCUUUUAACAUUGUCCACUCCAUAUAAUUAUAAUAACUGUACUCAGACAAGACCCUGAGUUUUGUUCUUAAUCCACCACCUUUCUGGUUUCAAAAGGCAAUCAUUUUCCUUCUUUCUUUUUCUUCUUCUCAAUCUUGUACUUCCUCUUUAAGACUUGUUUUCUUUCAUUUAAUCAAAGCCCAAAGAUACCAAAAACUGCAGGAGAUUACAGUAUAGCUUUUGAAAUUCGAACACAAAAGCCUUAAAAGUGUUUCCUUGUCAUCAGCUGAAAAGAAUCCCAAGAUAGAUAUGGAAACUGGGUUUUAUUCAGAUUGGAAGACUGGUUGUUUGCUCGGGUUAGAGAAUGUAGAAGAGUAUGGAGUGCUUAAAGCAGCAUCGUCUUUACCAGCUAUCCCUCAGCCACAAACACCAAAGGAGCCUAUGGAGUUUUUGUCUAGAUCAUGGUCCUUAUCUGCAUCUGAACUUUCCAAAGCCCUUUCUCAGAAACAGAAACAGUUCGAGUUCGAUCAUAAUCCAAGUUCAUUUCCAGACACUAUUGUUGCACCUCAAAUUGCUGGGAAAGUCUUGAAUUCGAUUCAUGCUCGAAAAAGUGGAUCGAUUGGGAAAUGGUUUCAACACCACAAGGAGUUAGGCACCAACACAGUGAAGAAGAAAGAUAAGAUACGUGCGGAAAAUGCUCGGGUGCACUCUGCUGUUUCGGUUGCAGGACUAGCUGCAGGUUUGGCAGCUUUAGCCGCAGCCGGAAAGCCCAAUGGGACAACCACAGGCUCAAAGAUGAGCACGGCAUUGGCAUCUGCAACUCAACUUUUGGCAUCACAUUGCAUUGAAUUAGCUGAACUAGCCGGGGCUGAUAAUGAUCGUGUUGGUUCUGUUGUUAAAUCAGCCGUUGAUAUUCAAACUGCUGGUGAUCUGAUGACUCUCACAGCAGCAGCUGCAACAGCUUUGAGAGGAGAAGCAGCUGUGAGAGCCAGAUUGCCAAAAGAAGCAAAGAAAAACGCAGCCAUAAGUCCUUACGAGAGGACCAUGACAGAAGCUUAUUGGUCUCCUGAUUUUCUUACUCAAAUGAAGGAGCCAAAUCCUCCUUGUGAGGGUGAACUAUUGCAGCACACACGAAAAGGUGUACUGAGAUGGAAACGGGUCAACGUCUACAUCAACAAGAAAUCUCAGGUCAUGAUUAAGCUAAAAAGCAAACACGUUGGAGGGGCAUUUUCUAAGAAUAAUAAAUGCAUUGUUUAUGGAGUUUGUGAUGAGACCUCUGCAUGGCCAUAUAGAAAAGAGAGGGAAACCUGUGAGGAACUCUAUUUCGGUCUCAAGACAGGACAAGGUCUUAUAGAAUUCAAGUGUAAAAGCAAGAUUCAUAAGCAGAAAUGGGUCGAUGGGAUUCAAAAUCUUCUCCGGCAAGUCAGCUAUGCCAAAGCAGCUGAGCUUUCUCUCGAACCUUUGAGUAUCGACAAUACCAUAUAGGAAAUGGUAUAGUUUGUGCAGCAUAUAUACAGAAUAUGGUUUUUGUGACAUUAAGAAUUUCAUACAGAGUCUAUAUUUCCAUGUAUAAGCUAUGCAACAAGUUCUUCCAUUGUAUCUGAAGGGAGAUUUUUACACAGUUUUUUUGAGAUA